ACCACAAAACCAGAGCAUUUGGUUUUCGGUGACAAACUGAGUUCUCAAAACAUGGUGGCAGCCAUUGCUGUUUCUUCUCCUAAGUCCACACUUUUGCAGAACACCAUCUAUUUGAGCGACCCAAGUUCAAAUUUUGUUGGUGGGUCUUUGAAGGGUCUCUCCUUGCAGCUGAAACCAAGACAACAAAGAAGACACUUCACUGAUUUGGUUGUGGCUUCAGCCAGCAGCACCGCUUCUCCAACCAGCAGCAAUGCCAGUGGCAGAUUCUACUUCAACUUCACUGGGUUUCCUUUCCCUCUAGGUCCUUUCCUCAACAGGCGCACUAUUAGAACUGAGGCUGUGAAGGGCUGUAUAUGGCUAUUCGAACAAGAGCAAGCAUUAGGCUUCAGCAGCGUUUCAACGAACACUAGGAUGACAGUUAUCAAACUCAAAUCUGGUGGUUUAUGGGUUCAUGCACCUAUAGCUCCAACUGACGAGUGUAUUCAGCUUAUUAAGGAGCUGGGGGCUCCUGUUGAAUGUAUAGUCCUACCUACUUUUGCUUAUGAGCACAAAAUAUUUGUUGGUCCAUUUUCUAGAAAGUUUCCCCUUGCUCAGGUGUGGGUGGCACCAAGGCAAUGGAGUUGGCCAUUGAAUUUACCUUUGGAAUUCUUUGGUAUUUUUCGCGCUAAAACUUUGAAAGACGAGGAUUCGUCCACUCCUUGGGCUGGUGAGAUAGAACAAAAGGUUCUGAGCUCACCUGAAGUUGGAAUCGGUCCCUAUGUGGAAGUAGCUUUCUACCACAAGCCUUCAAGAACACUAUUGGUGACCGAUGCUGUUAUUUUUGUCCCAAGACAGCCACCUGAGUGUAUAAGCAAAGAAUCCCUGUUAGCAUCUGCAAAAAAUGGUCUCGCUGUAAAACUUCUAAGUAAAGGAAGGGAGGUACCUGAUGACCCAGUUAUCGACGACAAAAGGAACCGGCAAAAAGGAUGGGAAAGAAUGGUUCUACAAAUCUUGUUUCUUGGUCCAUCCAAUCUUUUAGAACCUAAUGCUAGCUUUGCACAGAUGUCCCAGAAGUUGAUUGUUUCACCUAUUGUGAAGACGCUGGUCUUCAGCAAAGUUCCUGAAAAGGUGAGAGAAUGGGUUGAUAGCAUUUCGCGAGAUUGGAGGUUCAAGAGAAUUAUCCCUGCUCACUUUGCUGCUCCAGUAAAUGCAAGUAGGUCUGAUUUCCGGGCUGCUUUUGCAUUUUUGGAUGAGUUUUUGGUCGACCCUAAUCCAACUUGGCCUUCUCUUUCCCUUCUGUUCUCAUCAAUCAUGGGAAAGGCAGCCAGUUAUUUCCCCCCGGAUGACAUGAGGACCUUAUCAUCCCUUGACCAGUUUUUAGUUUCAGUUGGAGCAGUGAAGAGAACUGUUUCAGGAAGGAAGCGAUGAGAGAGAGUUGCAUAACAACUUGGCGUGCAACUACAUGUCAAGUUUGCAAAUGUAAAGUACCUAUAGUUUUGUUACAUUAGGAGGUUGAUCUUAAGGAAGGUGUAAAUGUUCCACAGACCACAAUGGAAUGGUCAUACACAUGUUGUUAACAUAUAUAUGUCGUGAAAUCAGAGAAGUUGUUUUGCAUGAAAAGAACUUCAGACACAAGGGGGAAUAUGCAUAGUUAUAGUAUUAUACAUUUUCUGCAUUUCAUAUUAAGCAGAGGCAGAGAUACUUGAAAAAUACCAUGAUUUGCUAAAUUGUCAAGUGAUUACCAAGUUGCCCCUA